AUGAUGAUGACGCGGGCCCCGGUGGGGCCGAUGGAGGGCGCGGCGGUGGACGAUGUGGUGCGCCGCCUCGUGGAGGGCGGCCGCGGCGGGCGCCAGGUGCAGCUGUCCGAGGCGGAGAUCCGCCAGCUCUGCGUCGAGGGCAAGCGCGUGCUCCUCUCCCAGCCCAACCUCCUCCGAAUCCACGCCCCCGUCAAGAUCUGCGGUGAUAUCCACGGCCAGUUUGUUGACCUUCUGAGAUUGUUCGAUUUGGGCGGUUAUCCUCCAGCAUCAACUUACGUAUUCCUCGGAGACUAUGUCGACAGAGGCAAACAGAGCUUGGAGACCAUAUGCUUGCUGCUGGCGUACAAAAUCCGGUACCCCGAAAAGAUUUUCCUGUUGAGGGGGAACCACGAGGAUGCGAAGAUCAACAGAGUCUACGGAUUCUAUGACGAAUGUAAGAGGAGGUUCAAUAUUCGGCUGUGGAAGAUAUUCUCCGAUUGCUUCAACUGCCUGCCCAUUGCAGCACUCAUUGAUGACAAGAUACUGUGCAUGCAUGGUGGUCUCUCUCCCGAACUGACUAGUUUGGACCAGAUAAAGGACAUUGAGAGGCCUGCUGAGAUUCCUGAUUAUGGUCUCCUGUGUGAUCUGCUGUGGUCUGAUCCUAGCCCUGAUGGAGAAGGGUGGGGGGAGAGUGACAGGGGUGUUUCGUGUACGUUUGGUGCAGACAAACUCGUAGAGUUUUUGGAGAAGAACGAUCUUGAUCUUAUAUGCCGAGCUCAUCAGGUGGUUGAAGAUGGUUACGAGUUCUUUGCACAACGGAGAUUAGUGACAAUCUUUUCAGCUCCAAAUUAUUGUGGAGAAUUCGAUAAUGUCGGUGCUCUAUUGAGCAUAGAUGAGAGCCUAAUGUGUUCAUUUCAGAUCCUGAAGCCAACUGAUAUGGGUCCACCGCAUGCAAGAAAACAAAUUCCAAAUAAGGAUCUAUUAUGGUUUGCUAAUUCUAAAGCUUGCGAUGCCUAA